GUUUUUAUCUUCUCUCUGAGAUGCUUUGUUAAAUGGGAGAUGAACGAAAGAAUGAAACUCAGUUACUAACUUUUUCUCUCUUUUGGUUCACUUGAAAUUCUCAAUGAGGAGCGUAUGAGUGAAAAACCGGAAAAUAUUUGGAGCCAGUUGGCAAGCUUGAACAUUGCCUACCGACACCGGACACCGACUAAAAAAAAGUCGUCUGCUAGAGUAACUUGCAGAGGCGGACAUAACCUCAUUGAGCUCGUUGUUGUAAAUUUGCCCGGCAUUUCUCUCCUUUGAUGUUUGAAAAUGGGAAAAGGGAGUAUGCAGCGAACCAUUUUAUUUUGCCUCUCUUGUCGCAGUAGCAUGCCGUAUUCAUCGUCUCUCGGCUUGUCAGAAAAUCAGCGGUUUUUAAGGCAUUGUCAUAGUCAACCUGCCAACACUGUGCAAAAGACAAGUAAGGCAAACUCCAUCAAAAUUGGAAAAAAAAUUUAUGUUGUGAAAACCAACCAAGUCUGGACUAGUCGUUCUGAUGGAAGAUCCCUUAAUCAAGUGAAAAAAAGGCAGAACACAUCUGAAAUUGAGAACCAGGCUUUUCUCCCUCAUCAAAACAAAACCAAAAAAAGCUAUACUGCCAAAAAGGUUGAGACUGAGAAAGAUCGGACUGAAAUAAGAAUUCUAAAACAAAGCACAAGUAACAGCCCACUACCACCUCUAGCAAAAUCAGAUCUUCCUAAAUACACUCGAAGUGGUGUCGAUUUUUCUACUAUAUUAAAACAAUCUGUUUAUUCCACGGAAAAUACCAAACCUUUCUUGACUGCAUCUUCAGAGAUAACGGACCUGGUGAAAAAUAAGUUAGAACACACUGUGUCCAUUAGAGAAGUUAUAAAUCAUACCAGAUCGCCUAGAAGUUCUCGAAAUAUUUCUAGUUGGAGGGAAUCCAAUUUACUCAAACUUGGUUCAGAAGAUUUUGAUUACUUUGAGGAAGAACUCAAGCAGAAUGGGUUGGAUUUCCAAAAUAUGAUAACGGAGUAUUUGAAGAGGGGAGAUAAUUCUCUUGCUGCAGUGAGCCCUAUAAUGGAGGCUUACUGGGAAAGUAUUUGUCCAGCCUUGAGACACCUAAAAGACGCUCGAUGCUUUCAAGCAAAAGCCUACCACCCUCACUUGAGGUAUCAUGGGACGGUAGACUGCAUUGCAAUGUACAAAGGAAAGCCUACUUUAAUUGAGAUCAAGAAAACCAGUUCACCAAAAACAAAUCUACUCAUGACUAUUGACGGAUCUAUUCAAAAUGUGGCAACUCUUGGAGCUCUUAAUGCUGAUCCUAUGUGGCCAUUCCAGAUCAAUAACCUUAUUCUGAUAUAUGCCAAUGCUGAUGGAACUCCUGCAUCUGUGCUUGAAUUCAAUCAAACUGAUAUUCAACUGUUCUGGAAAUUGUGGCUCCGAAGGGUGUAUCAGUUUUGGAAAAAUGUAGAUAAUAAUGUCAAUGAUAACAAAUUUGUUGAGGCACAGAUAGACACAGCUUGUUUUCAAUCUGACAUUAAUUUGAAAAUUGAUUCCAGUAGAGUAUCAGAAGAAAGAAAAAACUCUUCAGAAGCAGUUGAAUUAAAACCUCAAGAAGCACAUACAUUCACAACCACUAGUAAAGAUUCUGUCCCAAAUUCCCAAGCUAGCCGUGAAGGCAAUCAAUUGAAUUCAAUUCUUCAGACUUCUGUUAAAAUUGUAGAAUCACCUCCUCAAGAAUCCUACCAUUCUCAGAAUAAAGCAAGGAAUCAGGGAAAUGUAGGUUCAAGCUCACCAGAUGUCAAUAACUAUUCAGAGCCUCUGUCUGAACAAAAGAUUUCCUAUCAUGCAGAAAACAUGCCUCAUGUUCAGUUAUCACAGGAACAACAAAAUGAAACCCCUCCAAAAAUUGAAGAACAAAAAGGAUUUUUCAAGACACUGUGGAGUAUGUGGAAAUAAUUAUUGUUGUAAUCAACACUACCAUAUUGACAUGUAUUGUACGUAUGUAUCUAUGUGUGUAUGUUAUAAACAGUUAUGGGAGUAAUAAAAGAGACUCUGUUACUGUUUU